AUGGCUGAUCAAGAGACAGCUUCAGCGGCUGCACCAGCUUCUCCCUCAGUUCAUCCGACCUCACCCGCAGCUCCACCAGCGUCCACCAUCUCCGUCUCAAUGACAGAAUUCGUCAUUCCUGCUCCACUCAAGUUUUUAAUGUCAAACCUCAAAUCCAUAAUAAACCUGCAACUUAGUGAUAAAAAUUAUUCCAUGUGGAGCUUGCAGAUAUUCAGACUCUUCGCAGCCAAUGGAUUUGAGGGUUAUCUCACCGACAGUCAGACUCACCUGGGAAAACCAGACGGCCAUCCCGACAGUCGCCUGUGGAGACUCAUUGAUCAGAACCUGGUUUCCGCUCUACUCUCCACCAUCUCCCCUUCAGUGCUGCCUUACAUUCUACACCUCUCCAGCACUCAUGAAAUCUGGAGCACCCUUGCAAACCGACUGCAACCCACCAAUCGCUCCAGGGUGAUCCAACUGAAAAACGAGCUACAUAACAUACAGAUGAGAGACUGCUCCAUGAAUCAGUACCUGGCACAGGUAAAAACAUUGGUGGACAACAUAGCAGUCGCCGGAUCACACAUUGAUUCUGAAGAAAUACUCAUGUACAUUCUAAACGGCCUACCUCCGGCCUACAAUGCCUUCACCACGGCAAUUCGAACCUCAUAG